GCGGCAAUCACUUUCCAUAUACAACAGUCGGUGUAUUGGCUGAGACUGAUAUUCACUCGGGUGUCGGUAUUCUGUAGCCACGUCCGUGAGGGGAGGCGUGGGAUGGGAGAUUACUAGUCAGAGACUUUUGAGAGGGUAUGAUAUGAUCCUACCGGAAUCGUUGACCUAUUCUUUUGACUCUGCAUGUGUGUACAAACAAGUGGAUACAAUUGUUCAUAAGUACAUCGUGAAUAAAUGUAGCUACCGAAAAUUCGUAUAUAAAUGCACAUCUGUAUGUAUUGGUCACCAUAAUGCUCUGCUCCCUAGUUAAGGAAGAGCAAAUAUAAAUUCGACCUCUCUCUUCUGCUUCACAUCCUUAUGUCCUUCUCCUUUCCCGUUUAAAUGGGCUUUGCUUGCGGAGGUGCCGCCCUUAGGAUAUCAUUCGCGACACUGCAGCUCCUCGGAUUCUCCCUUUUGAAAACCAUCUUCCAAAUCAUAGUCUCUCAUCUUGCAAUGCCCGACAAGUCGCUGCAGCCUGAAAGAGACGAUCAUGAUCCCCAAGAUCGCCCUCCUGCCUCGCUCGCCCCCCUUCCUCCCCGCCUGAUCACCGAAUCCAUCAAGAAGAGACUUCCCUUGACAAGGAUCUCCAAGUGCAGGUUGAGCAAAAUUUUGACAACGGCCCCACUCUGCGUCGUGUGUAUGGAUGGCGUGGCUCCAGAGCAAGAGAUCCGGCAGCUUUCGAACUGCAGGUCUAAGCUUCUGCCUGACAAUGGAGAUGAAGGAGGAGGCAAAGCCGAGGACCCAAGUCAUAGAGGAGAUCCGUGGAGGACGGAGAGGAUGAUUUACUUGUUUGGUGGAGACUCUGAGAGGGGCACUCAAAAUUUGUUCUUCUAGGUGCAAAUCUAUCGAGUGACUACAUACUAAUACAUCGGUAAUUAAUCGCAUAUUAUUACUCGCCUUGAUAUGUCUUAUCCGUCGUAUGCUUGUGACAAUAUGUGUAUUGCCCCAUAUUGUUACCUUCGGUCCCAUCAGUGUGGAAAAUAUAGAGGAUAGGAUUUCUAGAAGGUUGUUACCGUACUGAUGCUGGCAGUAUAUGAGUGAUAACAUGUUUUCCAAUAUAGCUCGCGAGAGGAAAGAAGCAAAGAAAUGAUAAAACUUCUAAGAAAAA